GGUAGACCGCCAAAAUCUGAAUUCAAAUUUGAACCCCCAUUUCAACUUUCUCUUUUCGGACAUCCAAAGCAAAGCUAGAGGGAGUCGCAGUACUUGGAUUUCCAUAAAACUGAUGCAGAGAUGGAAGGAAGGAGACAGGAGCUGAAACCUUGUCCUUCGCCAUCACCUUCGGCCUUCAAAACCCCAAGGCCUCCUUUACGCACCUUCAACUUCCAAUCUUCUCCUCAAUUCUUCACUCCCUCCCAAGUCACACCCGCUUCAUUUGCUCGCGCCGGGCGCCGCGCGUCUAAGAGUUUCGUCGCUAAGACAACAGCAGCGCGGAAGCUGAAAAUUUUUGAACUCGAACAGUCCAAAUCAGCACGGAAAGCUUUGACCAGCAAGGAAAAAUCCCUCAAAUCAUUAGCAAAGUCGCUUGGAGUUUGGUUGAACUUCCUGUUUGAGAAUGCUAGGUCUUGUGGCUGUGACGUAUCAAGGUUCACCGAAGGGCUUGAGUGUUUUGGUGAGCGUGAGGCCGAGGUCGUGCUUAAUGGUAAGAGAGAGAGUAGAGCUGUGUGCAUGGUUGGGGAUGGUGAACCGUGGAGGGAUCCCAAGAGGCAGAGAAACAUAUUUCGGAAGGAUAUUGGAAACGAGGAAAUAGGGGGGUUUCAGAAUUCCAUGUUCGCUGAGUUGAAAGCUUCUUUGCUUGAUGUUUGCAGUUUUGAUGAUUUGAAGGAUAGGAUGAGGAAUUACUUAAGCUUGGGAAGUUGUAAGGAAAUAUUCUCUAUCAUGACUCAAGUAGUCAAGAAUAUUGAUGAAGGAAGAUUCAAAAUGAAGGCUCAUUGUCCCAUUGUUACUGAUGUUGGACUGAAAGAGAAAGCCAUAAAAACUCUCAUGUGUUAUAACCCCAUUUGGCUUCGGAUUGGGUUGUAUAUAAUAUUGGGUGGUGAGUCCUUGUUACCAAAUGAAGAUACCAAUUAUGAGGAAGAAGUUGCAUUCUUGAGGUUGCUGAUUGAGAAGCAGUUUCUCUCACAUGCCGAUUUAGCGAAAACCUAUGCCUAUAACAAAUUGGUCGAGGGCUUAUUCAGGCCAGGCUACUAUGAGAAGUUGGGGAAUGUCAUUUUGAAGAGAUUUGUAUUGCUUGUUCUUGCACUUGACAAAAUCAAAUGUCAAAGCAGUCUUCCUUGUAAAUAUGGUAUUGAUGGUUUAGAUGGGGGAUCCCCUUUGUUGUUCUCUUCACAAUCACAUGCUAAAUCUAGCAAUCAACUUAUAAAUGAGUUCUUAUCUUCGGAUGUGAUGCAUGGCGAGGGUAACCUUCUUUCGCAUCUAGUCAUUAUGGGGUUUAAAGUGGCUUAUCAUCAGAAUCCUCUUGUUGAGUAUCAAUUCAAGGUGGUAGAUGUAUUUGAAGAUCUUCACGAUGGUGUUCAACUUAGUAGAGCUGUUCAGCUGUUGCAGCAUGAUCCCUCUAUCUUAAUGAAAAUAGUGGUUCCAGCAGACACCCGCAAAAAAUGUUUGAGUAACUGUAGUGCAGUGCUGCAGUGUGUGGAACAGGCUGGAGUACCAUUACUAGAUGAAGAUGGUACUACUAUAAGUGCAGAAGAUAUUGUUAAUGAAGAUAAGGAACUCAUCCUUUCCCUUCUAUGGAACAUGUUUGUGCACCUACAGUUGCCACUUCUAAUCAACAAGACACUUCUGGCUGAGGAGAUUCGUAAAAUACGAGGAGUUGAGGGGCAAUACUCAAGUGGUCAUACACAUUUGGACAUGCUUCUGUGCUGGAUCCAGGCAGUUUGCGAGAGUUAUGAUCUUAAGGUUGAGGCUUUUUCUUCAUUGAUUGAUGGAAAAGCUAUGUGGUGCUUGCUCGAUUUUUACUUCCGGAAGGAACUACGUUGUUCUUGUUCAUUUAAGGCAUGUAGUGAAGCAGACAAAGUUUCCAUAGUAUCUCCAAGUGAUUAUACAGAUGCAGUACACAAUUUUGUCUUAUCCCAAAAGUUGCCAUCCCUGUUGGGGAAGUUUCCCGAGGUCUUACAAGUCAGUGACAUUCUUGAAAGUAAUGGUGCCUGCAAUGACAGAAGUGUGAUCAUACUCUUGGCAUUUCUCUCAUUUCAACUGCUUGUUAGAAGAAACAUGGACCAACUGAAUUUUCAUAAGUUAUUGGGAUUUAAUUGUCAAAACCCUAAAAGCAGACAGUCAAGCAAACACCAAUGGUUUUUGAAUCUGGUAGCAGAUAUGAAGCAUGAAGAAAGAAUCCACGCUUCUGAAGAUGCUACCAGAAACUUCAAGGUGGUAAUGUCCUGGUGGAAAGAUAUGGCUCUACGUAACAAUAAGUGUGAUCUGGAGCGAGUAACCCAGAGACAUCGAGAGUUACUGACCUGCAAAAAAGCCAGUAUCAGCAAAAAGGAAAAUGCAGCAAAAGUAAUCCAGUCUCAUUUCAGACAGUCAGUUGAGCAACAUCGGUAUAUGAUGUUGAAGAGGACUGCGUCUUUCUUGCAAGCUGUAAUACGAAGUUGGUUGACACUGAGGAAGAAAUCGCUAAUUCGGAGGCCUGAUCAACAAGAAGCUCAGGGACCUUCAAAUAGAAGUGAGGUUAUUGGCCCUGAUAGCAUGAAGUCAAAAAAGCCUGUAGAAACCAUUCACGAUUUCUCUGCUUCUCACCUUAUCAAUGCUUGCAUUGUCAUUCAGAAGUACUUCCGUGGAAGGAUAGCACGGUCUAUGUUUGCAAACAUGGUCUAUCAAGGAAAAGCAGCAGCAACUAUACAAUGUGCUUGGAAAAUAUACAGAAACCAAAUAUUGUCUCUCGAGACUAGACAUUAUGCAGCAUUGAAAAUUCAAACUCACUUGCGUGGUUGGUUAAUGAGGAAGGCAUUCAUUAAUAAGAAACAAUCAGCAACAGAAGUCCAGCGUGUUAUACGUUCUAGGAUAUGUUUGAGGAAUUUAAAGCGCUACAGAUAUGAAGUUAAGUCAGUGAUCACUAUUCAGACAUAUGUUCGUGGGUGGAUAGCUCGUAGAAAGUAUAAUAGGUGUAAACAUCUUAUAAUUAACUUUCAGAGUCACUGCCGUGGAUGGAUAAAAAGGAAAGAACUCUCAUUACAGAAGGAGGCUGCUAUAAGGAUCCAAAGUGCUGCCCGUCGCCUGACACAGUACAAGGCAUUCCUUUCCCAGAGACAUGCUGCCACUAUAAUGCAAUGCCUUGUCCGAGGAGAAAUCACUAGAAAGAGGCUUCUAGGUGCCUCACGCUAUCGCAGGGCUUCAAGUAGCACUAAACUAUCUGAAUUGACAAUAUUUUUGCAAUCAGUGACAAAGCUGCAAGAGUUGUGGAGGGCUGUUUUAUUACAUAGACAAAGACAAAAGUCAGCAGUUGUUAUCCAAUCACAUAUUCGGGGAUGGAUUGCCAAGAAGAGGGCUUCAUGGAAAAGACACAUGAUUGUUGUGAUCCAAUCAUACUUUAAAGCUUAUCUCGUGAGGAAAAAACUGAAAGGAAAGCUUCUUGAUUUGCGUCUGAGGGUGCAAAAGUCUGCUAUGAAUGUUGAUGAUGGCAUGCGUAUAAUUAACAGGCUUUUGGUUGCAUUAUCAGAACUUCUGAAUAUGAAGAGUGUAAGUGGCAUUCUCCACACUUGUGCAACAUUAGACAUGGCCACAAAGCAUUCACAGAAGUGUUGUGAAGAACUUGUUGCCGCGGGAGCUGUUGAUAUUUUGGUAAAGGAGAUCCGUUCAGUCAGCCGUAGCAUUCCCGAUCAGGAAGUCCUGAAGCAUGUGCUCUCCACCCUCAGAAACCUUACCCGAUAUCCACAUUUGACUGAAGUGUUAAUCACUGCCCAUGGCUGCAUUGAAACUGUAUUCUUGGAGUUCUUAAGAAACAAAGAGGAGGGGUAUUUCAUUGCUGCUGAGCUUUUGAAGAAACUACUCCAACAACAAAAUGGAAUGAAAGCUGUUCUCAAGUUACCAGCUAUUGUAAAGAGGCUACACAAUCAUGUGGAACAGCUGUCUCGGAAAGCAUUAAACAAUAGAAGGACUAGACAAGCUGUUGGAAUCAGAGAGAAGGAUGAUAGAAGAUUAAGAGAGGCUUCGGAGAUUUUGGAAUUGAUUAAAACAUCUAACUAAAACUGAACUUUUAAUAGAAAUUGCUCUAAAUAGGAGCAAAAACGUUUUAAAAUUCCGAGAUAGAGUAUCAUGUUUUUUAUUCCGUGAAUAUGAGUAAUCUGCCAAGUUCGGAGAAAAAUGCCAUGUUUUAAAACCUAGUAAUGCCAAACUUGGCGGAAAUUUACUCCUAUUCAAGGAAUAAAAAACAUGAUACCCCUAUUUUGGAAUUUCAAAACUUUUUUACUUCUAUUUAGGGAAUUCUCUCAACUUUUAAAUGUUUCUUAAGCUAAUUUAUUUGUUUUUACCCCUUUUAGUUGUGGUAAGUUAUUAUUGUAAUAUAUGAUCUCUGGCUCGAGUCCUCAUGCUAAUUAAUUGGUGUGCACAUUUCAGAUUUUCAGUUGAUAUUGUGAAUUUUAUUUUCCG